CUUCGAUCGUUCAUCAUUCAACUGUAGAUAUAAAAAAAAAAAUUAAGAACUCAUUUGGGAUCCAAGUAGAAAAUAAAUUAUGUGGGCUAAGUUGAAGCCGUCAUCCUCAUCCAAAUCCUCACUCAGAAAGGUGUCAUCUCCAAGUUCAGGUUACAAACGUGAAGAAGAAAUGCAACAAAAUGCCAUCGACGAUGAAUACAACAAAGCUCUCCACACAAAGUCAUACGCUGACAUUUACUCAAGACUACACAAUCAGCUGCAGACAUCCUCCAACAUCGUCAUACGAUCUCCCAAAAUGGAAGAACAAGAUGAAGAUCAAGAGAAGAAUUAUAAGAAGUUCUAUCAAAUCCCUGACUUCCUCCUCAAACCAAUGCAAGAACAACUCCUCGCUUCCACUUCCCCUUCCCUUAACUUCACUUCCAACGGGUUCACCCUCCACCUCAACAAGCUUCUCCAUGACUUCUUCGACGCCACAUUUCAAGCAAUUGAGGCAUGUGCCUCCCUCCUCUCAGCCAUAGACCACGUUCGGUCCCACCAUCGCUCCAUCCACCGCUGCCUCCUCUCCCUCUCCUCCUCCUCCUCCUAUUUAUCCUCCUCUUCUUCAUCGUUCACUCAAUUAUCCUCUGAUCUUGAGCUUGAAAACCCUCUUUCCCCCAAAACCCUAACCCAUUUUCAUCAAGUCCACUCUCGCUACCCCACAUUGAUCCGUCAUCUCACUUCCUGUCACCGCAAGAUCCUUCGAAUCUUGAAGCUAGUAAAUUUUACCAAGAAAGCAUCCGGUGUGAUCAUUGUUGCUCUGGUAAGUGCAACAUUGGUCGCAGCGGUGAUUAUUGCGUCUCAUGGAUUGGCUGCAGUGGUUGCAGCGCCAAUAGCAGUAGCGACUAGUACAACCACCCGUUCAAGAGGGCCAGGAAAGUGGUUCAAGGGUUUGAAGAGAUUGGAACCUGGGGUUGAUGCAGCGGCCAAGGGGGCUUAUAUUGUAGGAAGAGAUUUGGAUACGAUAAGCCAGAUGGUGAGGAGAGUGCACGAUGAGGUGGAGCACGGGCGAGACACGGGGAGGAUGGUGCUGAGGAAUAGGGAAUGGGGGAUGGUGAAGGAGGUGGUGAAGGAGAUGGAGGGGAGAGGAGGGGAGGUAGGGCUAGGGCUGGAGGAGCAGUUGGAGGAGCUUGAAGAGCAUGUUUACUUGUGUUUGGUAACUAUUGAUAGGAGUAGGAGGCGUGUGGUAGAGGAGAUUGCGGAGAUGCGUGAAUGAGCAAUGAGGGAUUGGUUGGUAACUUCGAUUAAAUUCUUUUUUUACAUGUUAAUAAAGAUUUUGGGACAGAAUUAUAUGUUGAGGUGAAUAUCUCAUGUUUUCGAUCGAUGAUGUACAUGUACAUAUACAUAUUCAGUUGAGGCGAAAAAUAUGUUCUCUUACGAGAAUACCAAUAAAAACAAAACAAAACAAUAUAUAUAGGCUUGAUUAGGGAAUAUUGUAUGCUAUUUUUCUCAUAUUUUUGUUUUGUACCUGUUUCCUUGACAACAAUCAAACAAGGUUUCUCA